AUGGCAGACUACUCUCAGUACCAAGGCCCCUCCGCCGAAUGGGUGGAAUUUACCAAGACCACCGUAGUCCCCGCCACGGGUCCGGCCCCUGGCCAGAGCAUCGAGGACUAUCAGAAGGCCGCAAAUGCCGGCCGCGAGAAAGCCUCUGCUCUGUCCAUGGAAAAGUUAGGCCUCCGCACCAAAGUGUCACAGAAAGACUUUCAAGUUCCCACUCGUGAUGGCCAGUCAGUCCGUGCUCGGUUGUACCGACCAGCGGAUGUCCCGUCCGAGGAGCGCCUCCCCUUGUAUAUCUUCUUUCAUGGCGGAGGAUACUUCUUCGGCACCUUGGAUUCUGAAGAUGCACGCUGCUGCAGGAUAGCCCUGGCUUGUCGCAUCACAGUCUUGAAUGUCUGUUAUCGCCAUACUCCGCACUUCAAGUAUCCGACCCAACAUCAUGAUGCCUGGGAUUCUUUUGAAUGGGCCAACCAACAUCUGGCGGACCUGGGUGCUCAGGAAGGCCAGCUGAUCGUGGGCGGCAUUUCUUCGGGAGGCAGUCUGGCCGCGGCUACGAUGCUGAGAGAAUAUCAAUCCUCUGUCGAGUGCCGACUGCGUGGACAGGUCCUUUGCAUUCCCAGUCUGUGUCCUACGGAGCUCUUCCCAUUUGACCAGUUGGCCUCCAAAGAAAUCAGUUCCUUCCAUCAAAAUGCCGACGCGCCAAUAUUGCCGAGGGCGCAACGAGACCUCUUUUUCAACAUGUUCGCAGCCAAAGAAUAUUCUGAGUUGCCCUAUUCUAUGUAUGCAAUGCAAAAGAUGGAUCUCUCCAAGUUGCCCAAAUCGGCCUUCCUGGUUGCUGGCAUGGAUGCCCUGAGAGACGAAGCUUUAUUGUAUGCGGAACAGCUUCAAGCUUGCGGCGUACCCACUGAUGUUCAUAUUUUCCCGGGAGUCCCCCAUGGCUUCCACAGAUAUGAAGAGCUAUCCGCCACUCGCAGAUGGGACGAGGUGGUCAACAAGUCAAUAAAGUGGAUCUUGAGUGAUGUGAAGGAAGCACCGUCUGCCAAUGGGAGACGUAGAACCUUCAAGGUCGAGUCUUAG